UAUGCGAUAUUUUUCGAGAAUAAGGACCCGUGAUCGUGUUUAUAAAUCAACCGGCUUUUCGGUGAAAUUAUGUUUUGACGAUCAAAAAGAAAGAAAAAUAAAUGAUUAAUCCUUUAUCCUGAUUUAAUUAGAAACGAGCAACGAAACGCAUUCUUCAAAGAAUUUUGCAGUUAGCGGUUGAGAUAAAAGUAAAGGUUAUGGAAAGCAAUGAAAAUGCAGCACAAGAGCAAAUGCAAGUAGAGGAACAAGCACAAAUAGAAGAACAAACUGGUGAGCUUCAACAAGAAGAUGUAUGUAUCGUUUCCAAUGAUAUUCAAAAUAGCAAAGAGAGUCCAGCUUCAACUGGAAACUCAGAACAAGCAGUAAAUUUGAAUGUCUCAGAGAUGGACACUGGUCAAACAUGUCCCAUAUGCAUGGAACGAUGGACUGAUUCAGGUGAACAUCGUUUGUGUUGUUUACGCUGUGGACAUCUGUUUGGACACAGUUGCAUUCUGAGAUGGCUGCAACAUUCCUGUGACAGUUCAAAUCGUCGCUGUCCUCAAUGCAAUGUUAAAGCUAAUGUAAAACAUAUUAGGACUCUAUAUGCAAAAGAACUGACAGCAGUCGACGCUAGCGAAUAUAAUAAAUUGAAAAAAGAUUUGAAUGACGCAUUAGAUGAAAAGAAUCGUUUGCAGAUGAACUUAUUUCAUACCAAUGUUCGUUUAAAAGUAUAUGAGGAGCAAGUAACCUCCAUGAAAAAUCGUAUUGCUGAACUAGAAAGUCAAAAUCCAAAAAUGAACAUUGAUGCUAGCCGAAGUUUCACCAAUAAAAAAUUUUAUUUGGAACGAUGUGUAGACAUCAAGGAGGGUGGCCGAGUUCUAGAUUAUAAUUCUUGGCAUAAACUCGUAGUUUUUUCCCAAAAGUCAACAAAUUCAUUAUUUAAUGGAUUUGGUAUAAGGAAGCUGGACUGCGAAUAUCAAACUUUACGUCAAUUUACUUUCUUACACUCUCAAGCUAUAAGAGAUAUGACUUUCCAUUUCACGCAACCAAACAUUCUUCUUACGGUCGGCUUUGAUAAAUGCGCAAAGCUUGUGGAUGUUCAAAAUAAUGUGGUAAUGCACACAUACCCGAUGCAACUUCCACUUUGGAGUUGUUGCUGGGCAGGUGACAAUCCGAACGUUUUCCUAACUGGCGCGCCAAAUGGAACGAUCUCUCAAUUUGAUAUUAGACAAACCGGACAAGCUAUUAAUGUCUUUACGAGUAAUGAUCAAUCACCAGUUGUAUCAAUGGCAACAGUCCCGCCGAAUCCUAAUAGUGGUAUCUGUAAAGGUGGAUUUAUAGCAUGCCGGUUCUAUCUAUGUAAUGCGUACGAAAUAAAUGAUGCAACGUAUCUGCCCAAACAGAUGUUUCUGGAAGGUCCUUUUGCCUCAAUACGCUAUGAUAAAAAACAUCAUCAUUGUCUUAUCUCAUCUCGUCCUAAUGAUAAAGGACAAUUCGCGAAAUACAAAGUAUGUACAAUCGAAAAAACGUGUCACGAAGAUCAAGUAACAUGUAACAUUGUGCACACGUUCCAAGGUGGUAGUUCUCAACAUGUUCUAUCUCGACCACAUUACUUAUCCGCGAGAAAUGAUUCAUUAGUCGCAGCACAUAUAGAAUCGAACAAUAAUAUAUCAUUAUGGAGUGUAACAACUGGCCAACUCUUGCAUAACCUUCCAGUAUCAGAUUCUAUCAUGGAUUUAUGUUCAUUUGAUUUUAACAAUUCCUUAUAUUUAACGACUCUUUCUGCAAAAAAACUUAGACUAUAUAAAAUGGACUAUUAACAUAAAAGUACAAAAAGAUACCUC